CCACACCCACUUCCAUGGCCACAAGAGAGAGCAACUGGGCGGUGAAGAUUAGAGACCAGCCCAUGGCCACCGAAGAGAGAAGCUGGGCGCUGGAGAUCGAUGACCAAACCGAGAACACGGGUAAUUCAGCCGAGAAGCAGCAAAGCCCGAAGCCAUCCAUAUACAGAGUUCCUGCUUACAUCAGAAGGUUGAACUGCCAUGCCUACAAGCCACAGAUCGUCUCCUUUGGGCCAUACCACCAUGGUGACCCCAACGUCAUGCCGAUGGAGGAGCACAAGGAUCGGGCCCUCACCCACUUCCUCAAGAGAGCCAAUAAGUCUCUCCAAGACGUCAGGACCGCAAUGGCGGAGGUCGUGCAGCAGCUACGGGGCGCUUAUCAGAGCCUCGACGGGAAGUGGGCGGGGGACGAGAGGUUCCUGCAUCUGAUGAUCCUUGACGGGUGCUUCAUGCUCGAGAUAAUUCGUGUCGCGACCAAGAAGCCCGAUGACGGUGGCUACGAAAUGGAUGAACCCAUCUUUAGCGACCACGGGAAUCUGUACACCGUGCCCUGCAUAAAGCGAGAUAUGAUGAUGUUCGAGAACCAGUUGCCCCUGCUUGUUUUGUACAAACUGGUUUUUGUUGAGGGUCGUGGUGAUUGCGUGGAGUACGUGAACGAACUGGUGCUGACAUUCUGGGACAAGACGUUGACGGUGGAAGGAGAACGCCGCCACCUCCUUGACAUGCUCCGACUUAGCCGGUUGGGCAAGCAAUCGUCGGCGGCCACUAGUCGUGGCCAGAAAAACAGUCCAAAAGUCUCGAUCAUCCGGUCGGCGUCUGAGCUGCGCGAGGCCGGCAUCCGCUUCAGGAAGAGCAAAUCCGACAGCCUCCUUGACAUCCAGUUCAAGCACGGUGUCCUCAGCCUGCCGAAGCUUACAGUCGACGACAGCACGGAGUACAUGUUUCUCAACCUCAUGGCCUUCGAGCGCCUCAAUAUCGGCACCGGCAACGAGGUCACUUCCUACGUCGUGUUCAUGGACAGCAUCAUCGACUCCGCCAAGGACAUCAAACUGUUGCACCACAAGCGGAUCAUCCGGAACGCAUUGGGAAGCGACACGGAAGCCGCCGAGCUGUUCAACCGCCUGGCCAAGGACGUGGUAUUCGUCCCCAACAGCAACCUCAGCAAGGUCCAAAACAAUGUCAUUACGUAUAGCCAGAAGAAAUGCAGAAGGCAUCGAGCCAACCUCUGCCGCACAUACUUCAAGAGCCCAUGGACCACCCUCUCACUCAUGGCUGCCAUCGUCUUGUUGGUCCUCACGGUGGUGCAGACCAUUUACGCAGUGUUGCAGUUCCACCUAUCUGCAUGAUCUCUGUCGCCUUAAUCAGUGAUGCUCUGCUUGGUUUGAUUUCUUUCCUUAUUUCUACGUCAUUACAUGGCUUGGCUAGAAAGAUAUUUUGAUUCAGUUGUGUUUUCCCUCAAGUUUCAAUUACCGAUAUUUGUUUGGUUCA